ACAAACGUUGUGACGAGUUGCUCAGAGGAUACACACGUUGUGAUGAGUUGCUCAGAGGAUACACACGUUGACCAUCAUCCUGCUGCUGUUCCUUUCCUGUCGUCUCAUCGCAAACUCUUGUGCACCCUCUGGUGCUUGCUAGUCUCCAAAACUUCUUUGUGUUGCCUGCUUUGCAGAUUGUCUUCCUUGUCUCUGUGGUUGCUCAUUAUUCAGAGACAGGCGGAUCUCAGGUCAUCUGCAGCUGCAGCAAAGGAGAAGCAGGAAACAUGGCGUUCAUCCAUUAGACCGGGCGAACGCAUGAAAUACAGGACAACUUUUAUGUAGAAGAUCGCUUCUCCACCAGAAGAAGACGUAACUGUUUCCCUGAUUUUCCAGGGAGUCCUCAGCGAUGGAGGUGCUACAGUGCGAUGGCUGUGACUUCCGUGCUGAGUCAUAUGACGACCUCAAGGCUCACAUCCAGGAUGUCCACACAGCCUUCCUGCAGCCCACGGACGUCGGAGAUGGAGAGGGGGGCGGGAGUCCCUGCCAGUCCAGGUCAGACUCUCUUAACUCCCCCAGCCAGACAGAGGGGGAGGAGGAGGAUGAGCAGAAUGAAUCUCCCCAAACUGAAACAAGCCACUGCUUCGAAACAGACUUUUCCAUCUCGAACCAAAUACCAUACAACAAGUCAGCAAACCAGUCAGCAAACCAGUUAUUCCAGUGUAAGAUCUGUGUCCGUUACUUUAGAUCCAAAUCUCUCUUGAGUAAACACACCAAGAAGGUACAUGGAGCCACACUAAGUGGUGGGAGCUCACCAGCAUCCCAGGCAUCCAAACAGUCCAACUACAACAUCCUUAUCCAUGAUAGUCUUGGGAAAGUGUUCUCCUGCCAGUAUUGUACAUACAAGUCUCCACGCAAAGCCAGGAUCCUGAAACACCAAAAGAUGUAUCAUAAAGGCAAACUUAAUCUGGACCCCCCAGAAUCUCAGUCUGAGGCUGUUGAAGAAUCUGAGGCAUUGUCGUCUGAGGAACCCAGUGAGGAACUAGAAGAGGAUGUGGUGGAACGUGGCAUCUUGGAGUCCAUGGUUAAACCUCUGGGGAAGUCCAGGAGGAACCAGGCUCUUCGUGGGGAAUGGUGUGAUAACAUGAUGAAAAACAGCAACAUGGCGAAAAGGAUCUCAACCAUCCACCCAGGUGGAGAAGGAGAGGGAAGUGCAGGCUCUUCUAAAUCGGAUUCCCCCUCUUCCCCAAGAAGCCCUCCUAACUCCAAUAUGGUUUCCAAUGACCAGAGUGUUAAUGAAGGCUCCUCAGUAGCCAACUGCUCAGUUUUCAAGUUCAGCAAGACCGCCUCUGGGAUAUCACCCUAUCAGUAUUCACAGAUCCAAUCGGUAGCGCCCAACAGCACAGGAUCCUCCAUUUUGUCUGAAAGGUCCACCUUCGUGAUGUCUGAUGUCUCCAACUCUGCCAUAGAGAUGGAUUCAGGCAUGCUGGAUGACCCUAGGAGCAGCUCUGAAGAAGACGACGAUGAACUGGGUGACGAGGAUGACCCCAAAUACACCGACCCGUUGUCAGCCGGUGAUUCUGCUAAGCAGCUUCUGUCUGAGGAGGAUAACAAGAUGCUGGAGACUAAAGGGAUACCGUUCAGAAGGUACAUGAACAGGUUCCAGUGUCCCUUCUGCUCUUUCCUCACCAUGCAUCGCAGAAGCAUCUCCCGUCACAUCGAGAACAUACACCUGUCUGGUAAGACUACAGUGUACAAGUGUGAUGUGUGCCCCUUCAUCUGCACCAGCCCUCUCAAGUUAGGCACGCACAAGCAAAGCCACUCCUCAGACUGGGACACCAUGGACUUGACCAGUGAAAGCCCAGGUCCUCAGAACGAGACUCCAGAACCAGUGAACGGAGGAAAUGUUGCUCCUUCCAAAGUCAAUGGGAAAAAGCUAAACAGUGUGCUAAAUGACCUUAAUCAGCAGAACCCUCACCGCUGUACACUUUGUAGCUUCUCGACCACCACCCUGAAAGGUCUGAGGGUUCACCAGCAACACAAACACUCCUACUGUGACGAAAUGCAAGCUGUCGUUCUGGAGGAGUCAGCAAAUGAGCAGCAGGACUCUGAAUUAGAAACGCUCUCCAAUUCUCAGAGCUUCGUACAAAAAACCCAGACUUCGAUUCUUGGACUUGGAUCCAAAAAGCACUUAACCGGGAAAACAGCAAGAAAGUCCAUCAACGACCUACCUUUGGAUCUGUCUCCAGUCAAAAAGAGAACUAGGAUUGAUGAAAUCGCCAACAACCUUCAGAGCAAGAUCAGUCAACAACAGGAGGAUCUGGUGAUUAAUCUGGAAGAAAUUGAUGAUGAAGAGGAAGGAGAGCUCAACAUUGAUGAAGAUGCGGGCAGAGACAAGGAGGAGAAUGACAGCGAUAGUAAAAAUCAUGGCUACGUUUACAACAAGCUUUACGAAGGCCGGGUGGGGAAAAGAAAAAGAACCCUUACGUCAAAGCUAAGAAACAUUCCCAUUGCGCUGACACUCUCUGACGAUGAGGACAACGACUCUGCUGAUCCUAAAGCUGAUCUCCAGGACCAGAGCAGCCAAGACAGCCGGGACACUUCUUUCCAUGAGAACCUGGACUAUUCAGAGGUCUCUGGGGUCGCACGCUUCUAUUGCAAGCACUGUGACUACCACAACAAGUCAGCCCGCAGUGUGAGCACCCACUACCAGAGAAUGCACCCUUAUAUCAAGUUCAGCUUUAGAUACAUCCUCGACCCCGAGGAUCAGAGCGCCGUCUUCCGUUGCCUGGAGUGCUUCAUCGAAUACACCAACUUCAACGAUCUUCACGAUCACUAUAUGGAUCACCACCCAGAAGCCAGCAAUGUGCUGAACUUCAACCAGCCAGAUCUGGUGUACAUGUGCCGCUUCUGUUCGUACACAAGUCCAAACGUCAGGAGCUUGAUGCCCCAUUACCAAAGAAUGCACCCUGAAGUGAAAAUAAACAAUGCUAUGAUCUUCUCGAGUUACGUGGUGGAACAGCAACACAAGGGUGCAGAAUCUCAAACUCUGAGAGAAAUAUUAAACUCCGGUCCCAAGAGUUUCACCUGUAGCUCUUCCACUUCCACGCCCAAGUCCUCAUCCAGUCCUGCCCACAAAAAUGUUGCAAAGACGCAAGAUACAACUGCAGAGACGGAAGCCCUGAAAGAGGGUGGUAACGUUGUGGUGUAUGACUGUGAAGUAUGCUCCUUUGCUAGCCCUAACAUGCACUCUGUUCUAGUUCACUAUCAGAAGAAGCACCCAGAGCAGAAGGCCUCGUAUUUCCGCAUUCAGAAAACUAUGAGGGUUAUCACUGUUGAUAGGCCACUGUCAGCAGGCAGCUCUUCCUACAAUGUCAACAUACCCACCCCUGUGAAGUCAUCCAGCGCCACAAUGCCAUUUGGUACGGAUGAGGAGAUCUACUACUGUAAACAUUGUGUUUACAGCAACCGCUCUGUUGUGGGUGUUCUUGUCCAUUAUCAAAAGAGACAUGCAGAAAUAAAAGUGACAGCGAAAUACAUCAAGCAUGCCACUCCCACCCCUGGGUUGAUGAAACUAAUGGAUGAGCUACAGAUUGCACCUCCAAAGCAGUUCCUCAAACAGUUCAACAACAACGGAUUCGAUGGAUCCAGUAAUUCCCACGGUAGGGUUGGCACAGAGAAGGGAGAAGCAGAGAUGCUCUUCUUCUGUCAGCACUGUGACUAUGGGAACCGCACUGUAAAAGGAGUGCUGAUUCACUACCAAAAGAAGCACAGGGACGCAAAGUCGAAUGCUGACCUUGUACGCCGGCACACUGCAGUGGUCCGCAGUCAACGAGAGCGAGCUCAGAUGGGCCAGUCAGGCACUGCAGCCUCUGCCAUUGCUCCUGCUGCUCCUGCUGAGAUAGAAACGUCCUCCGAAACCCUUCGCUCAUUGAAGUGCAGGCACUGCUCUUAUACAUCUCCAUACGUGUAUGCCUUGAAGAAGCACCUGAAGAAGGAUCAUCCUACUGUGAAGGCCACAGCCAUGACAAUUUUACACUGGGCGUACCAAGACGGCAUCCUGGAGGCUGGUUACCACUGUGAGUGGUGCAUCUACUCCCACGGAGAACCCAACGGGCUGCUCUUGCAUUACCAAAGACGCCACCCAGAGCACAACGUUGACUACACAUACAUGGCCAGCAAGCUGUGGGCAGGGCCUGAUACUACUGCCUCCCAGCCGGGAGGGAACACUGGGGACACUAAGCACUACCAAUGCAGAGAUUGUGCCUUCGAGGCUUGUUCCAUCUGGGAUAUCACCAACCACUACCAAGCUGUCCACCCCUGGGCUGUCAAAGGGGAUGAGUCUGUGCUACUGGACAUCAUCAAAGGUCAAAGGUCCCAAGCGACACUCCACCCGUCGAUGGCUAAAGGACCACCAUUUAUUUUUCUUCCGACUGAGCACGAUGAAGGCCCACUGGAUAUCCCUACGCCACCUCAAGAACACCUCCAACACCAUCCCAGGCUCUCCCACACAAGCAGCUCUAUCUCAAACAGCCCGUACCAGUGCACUGUAUGUCUGUCUGAGUAUAACAGCCUACAUGGACUUCUAACACACUAUGGCAAGAAACACCCAGGCAUGAAAGUCAAGGCGGCUGACUUCGCACAGGAAGCUGAUAUCAAUCCAAGUUCGGUUUACAAGUGCCGCCACUGUCCGUAUGUGAACUCACGCAUCCAUGGAGUUCUCACUCAUUACCAGAAGAGGCAUCCGUUGGUGAAGGUCACCGCGGAGGACUUCUCAGACGAUAUAGAGCAGGUUAAAGAUAUAACUGAAGUGGAUGACAAGUGCAAAACCCAAAGACAGGGCUAUGGUGCGUACAGGUGCAAAAUGUGUCCUUACACUCAUGGGACAUUGGAGAAACUGAAAAUUCACUACGAGAAAUAUCACAAUCAGCCAGCUUCAGAUAUGUUCAAGACUCCCCACAUGCAAUAUUCCACAGUGAAAGAUGAGCCGGUGGCUGAAUGCAGUGCCACGAGUCUAUCGUCAGAGGUACAAGAGGUCAGCGAAUUCGAACUCGCUCUCACCCAGUUCCCCAUCAACAAAGGAGAGGCCCAUGCUGUGUUUAGGUGUCAGCUCUGCAAGUACUUCUGCUCGACCAGAAAAGGCAUAGCUCGACACUACCGCAUCAAACACAACAAUGUCAGAGCUCAGCCGGAAGGCAAGAACAAUGUCUUCAAGUGUGCUCUCUGUUCGUACACCAAUCCCAUUCGCAAAGGCCUGGCGGCUCACUAUCAGAAGCGUCAUGACAUUGAUGCCUACUACACACAUUGCCUGGCAGCCUCCAAGACGUUGACGGAGAAGCCCAGUAAAGUGGUGGUGCCCUUGGCGUCGGAGGCGGAAGGGUCAGAGCUGACCGAGGAGUUACGGUUGGCCGUGGAGAGGAGAAAGUGUUCGCUCUGUGCUUUCCAGGCCUUCAGCAGGAAGAGCAUAGUCUCCCACUACAUCAAACGCCAUCCAGGAGUCUUCCCCAAACGGCAACACUCCAGCAAGCUUGGACGCUACUUCACUGUACUCUAUGCCAAAGAACCCGAACCUAUCGAAGAGGUGAACAAAGUGGUGGAGGUUGAACCGAAGCCCGAGCCAGAGGGAGAGGUUGCCGAAUGGCUGCCGUUCAAGUGUCUAAAAUGCUUCCAGCUAUCCUUCAGCACGGUCGAUCUGCUCUCCAUGCACUACAACGACCAUCACAGUGGCAAGGACCUGAAGCGGGACUUCGUCAUCCACCCCAGCCUUACGGAGGAUGGGACGGAGACAGAGCUCUAUCAGUGUGCCCACUGUGAGCUGAAAUUCCUGGGCCUUCCUCUCCUCAGCACUCACCUGAUGAACCAUAACGAGGAGUUCCAGAAGCGGGCGAUGAGGCAGGAGAGGAGGAGACAGCUCCUUAGCAAGCAGAAGGCAUCUGAGCCACCAGAGACAAAGACUGAGAAGCUGGUGAACAAUGCUGACAAAGCUCCAAUCGGCUACAGGUGUAACUUCUGUGUGGAGGUCCACCCCACUCUCAGAGCCAUCUGUAACCACCUGAGGAAACACGUCCAGUACGGGGAGGUCAAGGAGGGCCAUGUCAAGCAGGAAGUCACAGAUGUACCAUUGUCCACCAUCCCGGGAGAGAACAGCAUCACCAACGGAGAGGUGGAAGAGGUGACCGACAACUCCAUCAUGGAGACAUCCCCCAAGGACAUGAAUGGUCGCCACAGCGCGGUGGUCGCCGGGGAGGCUGUUGCCAUAGAAACGACGGAGAUGGAAGUUGGGGUGGUGGCGCCCGUCGGCCAGCAGGUGAAGGAGAGGCUUGUUGGGGGACACCCGUGCGCUCAGUGCGACCGCGUCUUCAUGUCCAUGCAGGGGCUGAGGUCCCACGAGAGGAGCCACUCGGCCAUGGCCAUGUUCACCAGAGAGGACAAGUACAGCUGCCAGUAUUGCCAGUUCGUCUCCCCCUUCAGACACAAUCUGGACAGACACGUGCAGUCCCACCAUGGGCACCACAAGCCUUUCAGAUGCAAGCUCUGUCCCUUUAAGUCUGCCUACCUGAGUCGCCUGAAGAGUCACCUACACAAAGCACACGCAGGCGAGAACACCUAUAAGUGCUUGUCCUGCCCCUUCUCCUCAAUGACUAUCAGCCAGCUGAAGGAGCACUCUCUGAGGGACCAUGGGGAGGCCCUGACCCUCCCCAGGCUUCGUGCUGGCGCUACCACCCAGGGCCCCCAGACCAGGCCCCUCAGGCUGGGCUCAGACCCCCACCAGACACCCCUGACCUCUCACCUUGACGACGCUGGGUACCUGCAUGAGACGGCGGACGUACGGCAGCAGCUCAGUCACUAUCAGCUAGCGUCUCGUAGUCAUGUGACCUCUCCCACCGCCCCGGGCCAGGGCGCGACCUCCGACACGCGUCCGGAUGGCAUCCUGACCUGUGAGUUCUGUGAGUUCAGUUCGGGGUACAUGCAGAGCCUGCGCCGCCACUACAGAGACAGACACGGAGGGAAGAAGCUGUUCAAGUGCAAGGACUGCUCCUUCUUCACCUGCUCCAAGUCAGCAUUCACCAUGCAUGUGGAAGCAGGACACACUGUGGUUCUUGAGGAGGGUCACAAAGACCUGCGCUGUCCACUCUGUCUCUACCACACCAAAUACAAGAGCAGUAUGAUCGACCACAUCGUCCUGCACAGGGAGGAGCGCGUGGUACCCCUGGAGGUGUCCCGCUCCAAGCUGUCUCGCCACCUGGCGGGUGUGGUGUUUCGCUGCCACAAGUGCACCUUCACCUGCUCCAGCGACCAGAGCCUGCAGCUGCACAUCACCAAGCAUAACGAGAUGAAACCCUAUCAGUGCCAGCUGUGUUACUACGACAGCAGGCAGCGCUACCAGCUGGAGGAACACCUCCGAGACCAGCACAAGGUGAUCCGUAACUUUGAGUCGAUGGGGCGGGUCAAUCUGGAUCAGCUGGAUGCUUUAAAGGAGAUUCGUGGUAGCGCCGAGGAGGAAGAGGAGAGAGAGGAGGAUGGAACGGUCAUGGAAGAAGAGAUGAUAGAGGAGAGUAGAGAUGAAGAGCUAGAGGAGGAAGAGGAAGGGGGAGUGGCAGAAAAGCCUUUUCCUAAAGAUGUCCCUGUGGUUUCCCCUAGCAGCAGCAGUGUGUCUGCCUCCGCUGAGAAGCGUUUCCCCUGUGAGUUCUGUGGUCGUUGCUUCACCAACAACAUAGAGUGGGAACGCCACGUCCUCCGACACGGAAUGACUGUUACCAACAGCAGAACAACAGACACUAGCACCACUCCAGCAAUAGACACCUCAGCUCAGCUGCUUAUUGGCUCGUUGGAUGACGUGACAAUGACCGAUAGAGGGAUGGACCUAUCCAGCAACGGCAUGGAGGUGGAGAGAGGAUAUGCCUCUGACCUAUCACAGAGUAGUAAAAAUCAGAAUGAGGAAGACAAAGAAAUACUUGAGACCAAAAAUGACCUAUAGGAAGAGAUGGAAGAGAAGAGAACUGUGGCCUAACAUUGUAGUCACUGUGCUAGAGACCAUAACAUUAGGUUGUAUGGAUAUUGAUGUUGGGUUGGGUAUCAAAAAUAGGCUGCAAAAAAAAAAAGAUGUAAACAUAAAAAACAAA